UGAAUGUGCUUGAUUGUCGCAGUGGAAAAACUCAAGUGUCCUUUGUUUGGAAUUAACCACGUUCAACGCGGAGGAACUUCAUUUUAGGACUUGGAAAAGGAUCUCACUUAUCGUCGAACCAAAUCUGAAUUCAUGUUGUGAUGUCUACUACCUUGGACCAACGAGGGAAAGAAAACGGGCCAAGCAAUCCAGGUGCAACCAGAAAGGCUGAAGCGAAAGGAUUCAACUAUAACGCAAAUAACUUGCCGAAUCAAAAGCCACUUCAACCACAACCAGAUGUGGUAGCUGCAAACAUGCUAGAGGCAUUUAUGUCAGGGUAUUACACUAACACAAAUAAUGCAGCCGCAUAUCAGAUACCAUACCAAGGCUUCGGACAGCAACCUGCUUGGUCAGCUGCUACCAGUUCUCAGCCCCAGGGAUUUGAUCAUAAUGUUACCAAUUAUAGCUAUGGAGGACUUGCUCCCGGUGGGGCAUCUGAAAAUCAAUUUAUGACUCCUGAUCAUGUAUUUAAUCCAUCAAAUUCUGGAUUUGCAAACACUUUUACACCAUAUGUUGGUGGAACUGCAUGGUCAUAUUUCAACAAUCCAAGCUCAUUCUUCUUUCCUACGGGCAAUACUGAUUUGAACUUAACAUGGGGCACAGCAGAAAACCCAAGUGGACAGUUACAUCAGGAUUUGUAUAAGCCGCCACCACCUCCUGAACACGAAAAGGCCAAGGUUGAACAAGGUGAACUUUCAGGAUUUGAUAAUGGGGAAGUGCCAGACCAGAGUCUUGGAACAUUUGUUAAUCCGGCCACUGCUACAGUUGAGAAGUCUUUGUCCCAACUAACGGUAUCAGGUACUAAUCAAGGAGAUAUCAAAGACAGUAAUGACCCAACAGUUAGUAGCUCAGGUCCAUCAUCAAUUAAGGUUUCAAAGAGCUCUUCUGGUACUGCACAAUCAGGGACAUCAAAUGCACCGGGUAAGCCAGCAUCGUGGGCAGCUGUUGCUAGCCAGCCUGCAAAGCCCAAACCACCAUCAUCUAAAACACAGAAAGCACCAGUUCAGUUACCAUCAGCCUCAAAACCAAAUUAUAGUAACCAAAAUGGGAACGUUGCAAAAAAUGGGGGUGGAAAACAACAAGCUAAUGGUAAUGGUGGUCGUUGGAACCGCCAGAAUAAUAGUGCUAAUGGACAGUCUGCUAGUGUAAGUGUGGUUGACUCGCGAAUUCCAAAGGAUUGUUCACCCUUGCUUCGUGAUCUUUGGACCAGAAAUAAUUUCAACCCGAAGGAACUCAAUCUGGAUUUUAAGAAUGCAAGGUACUUUAUAAUCAAAAGCUACAGUGAGGAUGAUAUAUUUCGCUCUAUUAAGUAUAGCAUUUGGACAAGUACAGAGCAUGGAAAUCGCCGUUUGAAUGAAGCAUUUAAAGAACAGUCCAAGAAUGGUAAUGGACCCAUUUACAUGCUGUUUAGUGUAAAUGGCAGUGGGCAUUUCUGUGGGGUUGCCCAGAUGAUGUCUUUUGUGGACAUUCAUGUUGAGACAGGGGUCUGGGUACAAGAUAAGUGGAAGGGCAGGUUUGAUGUCAAAUGGAUUUAUGUUAAGGAUGUACCUAACAAUCUUUUGAGACCAAUACGCUUGGAAAACAACGAGAACAAGCCAAUUACUAACUCUAGGGAUACACAGGAGGUUCCUCCAGAAAAGGGAAAACAUGUUAUUAACAUUGUGCACUCUUACAAGGCUCAGACCUCAAUCUUUGAUGACUUUAGUCACUAUGAGCAACGUCAAGAGGAAGAUGCAAAGCUCAGGGGGAAAAAGGUACCUUAAAGGUUAAUUCAAAAGAAUAAGCAUUGUGUCUUUGCACGCUUCUUUUAAAAAUAUCACAAACCUAAUAUUCAAAGCAAAAAGUUAAUCAUUGGUAUUCCCAUUGAUGAUAGUCACUGGCUUAAUAUUA